GUCCGGCAGGAACAAAUGACACAGCACUGUAGUUCUCACAGGUUGUAAAGAAACCGACCGUUCAGACAAAAACAUCGAUAGCCAGAGGCAUAGCUUGUCAGCCUGUUUGCAUUUUUCAAAUUCGGAUAUAACGUAAAGGAGAUGUGCGUACAGUGAUGGCAGUCCAGCGCGCAGGUGGCCUUGACUGACUAAAAGAUCAUUGGUGUGCAUCCAUCCGGGAGUAGGCAGGUAUGGAUAGCGAGUGCGGCAGCAGUGUGGAUUGCCGGACCACACCUCGGGGCCUGGGCUCCAUAAACUCGGCUCACACCGAGCUGUACGAGCCAGCGGAGAAGAAAUGCAUCUCUGACGUGAGGAGGACGUUCUGCCUCUUUGUCACCUUCGACCUGCUCUUCGUCACACUGCUGUGGAUCAUAGAGCUGAAUGUAAAUGGUGGUAUUCAGAAUCGACUGAACGAGGAAGUCUUGAAAUAUGACUACCAUGCAUCAUUUUUUGACAUUUUUCUGCUGGCGGUCUUCCGAUUUGCAUCCCUUAUCCUUGCGUAUGCUGUGUGCAAGCUGCGCCACUGGUGGGCCAUUGCCGUUACAACAGCAAUCUGCACUGGUUUCCUGAUUGUAAAAGUCAUUUUAUCAAAGCUCUUAUCCCAAGGGGGACCUUUUGGGUACCUGCUGCCCAUAGUGUCAUUUGUGCUGGCCUGGAUAGAGACCUGGCUGCUGGACUUCAAGGUGCUGCCACAGGAGGCUGAUGAUGAAAACAGAUAUCUGUCUGUGUUGGAUGCUGCUGAAAGGGCCCCUCUCAUGCGCCACCCUGGCCCGAUGUCUGACGGCCAGUUUUACUCACCUCCUGAGUCUCUAGCGGAUUCAGAUGAUGAGUUGUUGGAUGACAGUAAACAUGACCCUGAGAAGCCUGUCAUCUAAUAGGGAACUACAUGACGGCCAUGAGGCAUAAAAGUAUGGACACCAUGCCGCUGUCUGCCGACUCUACAAGGAUCAGCAGACUUGUGGUAUUCACCCUUCACAACAAGUUUGUCUGACCUGGAGCAUGGCAAAGGAAACCACUCUUGGGUCCAACACUAUUCUGUCUUUUAGUUUCAAGGUCCAUUUGUGUCAUUCCACAGAACAAACGUUUGACACAACAGCACCUAAAAUAUAUAUAUGAUGUAUAUCUUUUAAGAAAUGAUAAGUCUGUGCUGUCACCCAUGAGCAAAGCCCGUAGUCUGGUGGCUACACUUUAGGGGAGAGAGGAUUCUGGGUUUGCUCAGUGCCUGUAUGAUUUGCUCUGCUUGAUCUGCCUUGUACCCUUAAGCACGCUCACAGAUCCCAGUGUCUUCACUGCAGAGACACUUAAAAAAAAUGCUGCAGCACUCCCGCGAUAAUGUGUCAAGAUAUGACUGACGUAUGGCGACUGAAUGGGUGUUAGGAAGUUAAUGUCAUUAGUAUGCACAGUACAUACAGCUUCCCUUAACAUGUGAAAUUCAUUUGAUUUGUAUUUUAACAGUGCAUGGUGAGGCCAAGCCUCAGUCAUCGGUGUUUCAUGAAGGCGUUAUUGUGCCCAGUGAAGGACCUCAAGUGUUGCCGCACUGGGGUUGAGUCAUAAUCAAACUCCUAUUACUGGACGCCAAACAAUAUACUCUUUACUUACGAUGUGAGGUAUUUUUAUGCAUGAGUAUCUAGUCUCUUUAUUAUUAUUUUUUUGUUGUUGUUUUUUUUCCUUUUAUUGUUGAUGCUUCAUUUGUGGGCCUCGUUUUCACCUGAAAAUCACUGUGGUUUUUUUUUGUUUUGUUGCCAAAAUAAAGUGACACAAGAUGUGGCAGAGCUCAGUUUUGAGCUGCAGCCAGGCCUUGCCUGUGCCAUGCUGUGCUGGGGCUGCAUGCAUGGAUCUGGUACUCUCCUCUCGGAGGUCUAGAGCCUGCUGCACUCUUGCUGGCCUCACCUGCAAAGGGCUCUUACACUGUCCACCAGUCGUGCUGUUUUGAAAUGGGUGUGGGGGAAUCUUUUUGGCGCAUUGACACCACCACCCUCUGAAAUGAAAUGUAUGUUAUGUGUGUUUUUUAUUUUAUUUGCCGUAAUAAACACAGUUUAUUA